UCGUGGCCGCAGGGAAGCCACCUGAGGAAUCCCCAAGCCAGGCUGGUCCUGGCCCGCCACUCACCAGCCCUGACCAAACACCUGCUUGCGGGGCUGGGCUGAGGAAGUGCGGGAGCCUUAGCUCUCGCCCUACCACAGAUACCUGUCCAGGACCUGCUGGGGCAAAGCUGGGACCAAGGCUGUGUCAAGAUGGCGUCUGUGUUUCGCAGUGAGGAGAUGUGUUUGUCCCAACUGUUUCUUCAGGUGGAGGCUGCAUAUUGCUGUGUGGCUGAGCUUGGGGAGCUUGGAUUGGUUCAGUUCAAAGAUUUAAAUGGGAAUGUGAACAGCUUCCAAAGGAAAUUUGUAAAUGAAGUGAGAAGGUGUGAGUCACUGGAGAGAAUCCUCCGUUUCCUGGAAGAUGAGAUGCAAAAUGAGAUUGUGCCUCAGUUGCCAGAGAGGCCCCCACCGACCCCUCUUCCACGGGAAAUGAUUAUGUUGGAGACUCUUCUAGAAAAACUGGAAGGAGAAUUACAGGAAGCCAACCAGAACCAGCAGGCUUUGAAGAAAAGCUUCCUAGAACUGACUGAACUCAAACAUCUGCUGAAGAAAACCCAAGAUUUCUUUGAGACGGAAACCAACCUCGCUGAUGAUUUCUUUAUGGAAGACACUUCGGGUCUCCUGGAGUUAAGAGCGACCCCUGCCUGUGUGACUGGAAAACUGGGGUUCACGGCCGGGGUGAUCAACAGGGAGCGGAUGGCUUCCUUUGAGAGGCUGCUGUGGCGAGUGUGCCGAGGGAACAUCUACCUGAAGUUCAGCGAGGUGGACACGACUCUGGAGGAUCCUGUCACGAAAGAAGAAAUUAAAAAGAACAUAUUCAUCAUAUUUUAUCAAGGAGAGCAACUCAGACAGAAAAUCAAGAAGAUCUGUGAAGGGUUUCGAGCCACCAUAUACCCCUGCCCAGAGCCUGUGGCGGAGCGCAGAGAGAUGCUGGCCGACGUCAAUGUGAAGCUGGAAGAUUUAAUCACCGUCAUCACACAAACAGAGUCUCACCGUCAGCGCCUCCUGCAAGAAGCCGCUGCCAACUGGCAUUCCUGGGCCAUUAAAGUGCAGAAGAUGAAGGCCAUUUACCACAUCCUGAACAUGUGCAACAUUGAUGUCACCCAGCAGUGUGCCAUCGCUGAGAUCUGGUUCCCGGUGGCAGACACUGGGCGCAUCAAGAGGGCAUUGGAGCAAGGCAUGGAACUCAGUGGCUCCUCCAUGGUCCCCAUCCUGACUGCAGUGCAAUCUAAAGCAGCUCCUCCCACAUUUAACAGGACCAAUAAAUUCACAGCCGGCUUUCAGAAUAUUGUAGAUGCCUAUGGUGUGGGCAGUUACCGGGAAAUGAACCCAGCUCCCUAUACCAUCAUCACUUUCCCCUUCCUGUUUGCUGUGAUGUUUGGAGACUGUGGUCAUGGCAUCGUGAUGCUACUGGCAGCGCUUUGGAUGGUCCUUAAUGAGAGACGCUUGCUCUCCCAGAAGAUGAACAAUGAGAUCUGGAACACCUUCUUCCAUGGACGCUAUCUGAUUCUCCUCAUGGGCAUCUUUUCCAUCUACACGGGCUUGAUUUACAACGACUGCUUCUCCAAGUCUUUCAACAUCUUCGGCUCUUCUUGGAGUGUCAGACCCAUGUUCAGAAAUGGCACAUGGAACACAUAUGUAAUGGAAACAAAUCCAUAUUUACAGCUGGACCCAGCCAUUCCGGGAGUGUACUCUGGAAAUCCAUACCCAUUUGGGAUUGAUCCGAUUUGGAACUUGGCUUCAAACAAACUAACAUUCUUGAAUUCCUACAAAAUGAAGAUGUCAGUCAUCCUGGGAAUUGUCCAGAUGGUUUUCGGUGUUAUUCUCAGCCUUUUCAAUCACAUAUACUUCAGAAGAACUCUCAACAUCGUUCUGCAAUUUAUUCCUGAGAUGAUUUUUAUCCUGUGUCUCUUUGGAUACUUGGUUUUCAUGAUCGUUUUCAAAUGGUGCCACUUUGAUGUCCGUGCGUCCCAGCAUGCCCCUAGCAUCCUCAUCCACUUCAUUAACAUGUUUCUGUUUAACUAUGAUGACCCUUCCAAUGCACCCCUGUACAAACAUCAGCAAGAAGUCCAGAGUUUCUUUGUUAUUAUGGCUUUGAUUUCUGUCCCGUGGAUGCUUCUGAUUAAGCCAUUUAUUCUUAGAGCCAAUCAUCGAAAAUCCCUGCUGCAGGCCUCCAGGAUCCAAGAGGAAGCCACAGAGAACACUGAAGGUGACAACUCCAGCCUUUCCAUGAGCACUGGCCAGAGGGCUUCUGCAGGUGCCCAUGGGGCUCAGGAUGACCAUGAAGAAGAGUUCAAUUUUGGAGACAUCUUUGUGCAUCAAGCCAUCCACACGAUCGAGUAUUGCCUGGGCUGCAUUUCAAACACAGCCUCUUACCUCCGGCUCUGGGCCCUCAGCCUGGCUCAUGCACAACUGUCGGAGGUGCUCUGGACCAUGGUGAUGAACAUCGGCCUUCGUCUGCGAGGCUGGGGAGGACUCAUUGGGGUCUUCGUCAUUUUUACCGUAUUUGCUGUGCUGACAGUAGCCAUCCUUCUGAUCAUGGAGGGUCUGUCUGCGUUCCUGCAUGCCCUGCGACUGCACUGGGUAGAGUUCCAGAACAAGUUCUACGUUGGGGCUGGUUACAAGUUUUCUCCUUUCUCCUUCAAAUGCAUCCUGGAUGGGCCAGCCGAGGACUAGCUACAGGCCCCGCAGCCUGCCGUUGCCUCUGGCUUCAGUCUCUGUGCCAGCAAGAGAAGUUUGGCUCGUCUUCAGCAUCAGCCUGGGCGAGCUGGUCAAUGGGAUGAUUGUUCUUGGCUCGCUGGAGGCGGGAAGCCUUGUAUAUUUUACUUAUAAGCCUUGGGAUUUGAUAUGACUUCACCAUGUUAUAGACCUCAUGGUUGGGUCUAAAAUACUAAAAGGGGGAGGGCUACACUGAUGUUUUCUUGUAAUUUUGUAAGUAUGAUAUUUAAGAAAAUAAACUGCUGGGCUAUUCCCUUGUUCUUGAAGA